GAAAUCUGAAUCGGAAGCGGAUUUGAGAGAGAACACAAGAAAUCUCCAAAUCAGACGCUUUAGAACAAAUUCCAGAUGAAAGAAUUGAAGAUGUAAAGCAAGCUAUGAUGAAAGAUGAUGAAUCGAUGAAGUUGCUGAGAUAUAUAAAACAUGGAUGGCCCGAGCAUAAGUAUGACUUACCUGACUGUGUAAAACCAUAUUUUUCAAUAAGAGAUACAUUGAGUUAUCAAGAUGAUAUUAUUUUGAAGGGUGAACGGAUAUGGAUCCCAAAAUCUAUGCGUAACGAAAUAAAGCAACAACUUCAUUUUUCUCAUUUAGGUUAUGCAAGUAUGAUGCGCCGUGUUCGUGAAACUGUCUUUUGGAUUGGUAUGUCCAAAGAGAUUGAGCAAAUUGCUAACAAUUGUUUUUCUUGUCAGCAGACGAAACCAAAUAAUCAGAAAGAACCAUUAUUGCAACACAACGAAGGAAAUGUUCCUUGGGAAAAAGUUGGAAUUGAUUUAUGUGAGUAUAAAGGGAAAAAUUAUCUAAUCACGAUUGAUUAUUUUUCAAGUUUCUUCGAAGUUGAUGUGAUGACGACGACAACUACGAAUCAAAUCAUCAUAUGUCUGAAACGCCAUUUUGCUAGACAUGGUAUUCCAAAGAUGUUAAUCUCAGAUUGUGGGAGAAAUCUCAACUCGUCGGAAUUCGAGAAAUUCAUGGGAGAUUGGAGAAUUCAGCAUGUUACCUCUUCACCUGGACAUCAACAAGCGAAUGGAAAAGCUGAAUCGUCCGUGAAAAUUUUCAAGAAUAUGCUGAAAAGGACUGCAAACACGAAUGAAGAUCAAUUUCUAGCUCUUCUAGAAAUAAGAAAUACGCCGCGUCAAGAUUUGAACAGCAGUCCGUCAAAGAUGCUAUUUGGUCGAUCAACCAGAUCGAUUAUACCUACAAUUACGAAACCAAACGAAAAUUAUGACUCGAAACGCCUGCGCCGAAAGCACAGCGUUAAGAAGAGUUAUGACAAAUCUACAAGACCAAUGCGAGAACUUGAGUUGGGCGAAGCUGUAUAUUUUCAACAUCCAGAACGGAAGGGAUGGAAUAGAGGAAUUAUUGUGAAACGAAUUGCUACACGAUCUUACAUUGUCAAAUCGAAGAAUGGUGUUACAUACAGACGAAAUCGUGUUCAUAUCCGUCCUGAUGAAAGUUGUAAUAUCGAAAAAUAUGAACCAAGUAUUCCAUUCUUGUCUGACUAUAAGCCGAGCAAUCUUCCGGUUGCCAAUGACAAUUCUCGACCUCUGAUUUCGAAUGAUGUUCCAACCAGACCUCGUCGAAAUCGUAAACCUCCUAUUUGGAUGAAAGACUAUGUGACUCAGUAGUGACUAUAACUUGAUUUUGAGUGUUAAAUAUUAUUGCUCAUUUAUGUGUCUUAAUUGUAGUGGUCAUGAAUUGUGUAAUAGGUAAAGGUGAAUAUUUCCUAUUCUGAAUUUGAAAAUAAUUUAUGAAAUUUAUCUUAAACAAAGAGGGAUGUUGAUGAUGGCUAAUAAUGCCUUGUCGAGUAACGUCCCUAAUAAUUGAUUGUGCUAUCUGUCUUGUGCUAACGUGUCGCAGUUGCGUCACUCGCUAGUAUGUUCUGUUGCUGUAAACAUCUUAUGUUGUGUGUUAUGCUGGUGUAAUAAAGAAGUGUAAGCGUAUUCAGUUGAACCCUUAUUCUAUAAUAG